CUCUGGCUGCGAGUGAGCGUUAAUCCUACGGUGUCGGCAGAGUAAGAGCGGAGUAUACUAGCGCCCGUUCAUCUAAAAGACUUGGCUGGUCAAUUUCCACCGGACCCGACAAAAUACAAGCGAUCUCCGUGCAAAAUGAAGGUGCUCCUGGUGUUUGAUUUCGACCACACUAUUAUUAAUGAUAACAGCGACACGUGGAUUGUCCAAUGUGCUCCUGAGAAGAAGCUUCCGUAUGGUCUACAGAACUCCUACGAGAAAGGGAAAUGGACGGAGUACAUGGGCAGAAUCUUCAGCUACCUCGGUGAACAAGGAAUACGAGAGGAUGACAUGAAAAGAAUCAUGAUCGCGAUACCGUAUACCCCGGGCAUGACCGAGCUGCUUCAGUUUAUCGGCCAAAACAAAGAUCACUUUGAUUGCAUUAUCAUCUCUGAUUCCAACACCAUUUUUAUUGAUUGGAUUCUGUCUCACGCAAACGUCCACAAUGUGUUUGAUAAGGUUUUCACCAAUCCCGCAGCUUUCGAUUCCCUCGGGAAUCUCCAUGUCCACAAUUUUCAUGUCCAUCAUUGUGCGAGUUGCCCCAAGAACCUGUGCAAGAGAAAAGUGUUAGAAGAGUUUGUGGCCAAGCAGUCCCUCGGCGGAGUUCAGUAUUCUAAAAUCGUAUAUAUCGGCGAUGGAGGAAACGACCUCUGUCCGGUAACGUUCCUUAAGAAGGGCGACAUCGCGAUGCCCCGGGAGGGUUACACGUUGGAGAAACGCAUUUCCAAGGACCUAGAUAUAAUAGAUUCGUCUAUCAGCGUUUGGUCAACCGGCAGCGAGAUAUUGUCUCGGUUGAAAUCGCUCUUAGAAGAAUAAAAAAUAAUAAAUGAGAUAAUUGUUGUUUGGGUUGCAGUCGUAUAUUGUUUCUUCCACAAUAAAUCCUAAUGUAAUUUAUUUAACGAG